AUGGAAGACGAUAAACAACAGAAGGGAGGUGAAACAACCGAGUUGCCUGAUGAGACUCACGACUUUCCUGAGGGUGGUGCUCGAGCUUGGGCGGUAGCGGCUGGAACUGGUGGUAUCCUGUUCUGCACUCUGGGAUAUACCAACUCGUUCGGCGUUUUUCAAGCCUACUACAUGUCCAACCAGCUCCAAUACGAGUCUACGGAUCGAAUAGCGUGGAUAGGAUCAUUGCAAGGCUUCCUCAUAUUCGCGGCUGGCUCAAUCGGUGGGCCGUUAUUCGACCGAUAUGGCGCAAAGGUCAUUCGACCAGCUGCUGUGCUGUAUCUGUUUGCAGUGAUGAUGACGAGCAUUUGUAAGGAAUACUGGCAAUUCAUGCUCGCCCAAGGUGUUCUGACGGGCAUCGGCGAUGGCUUGCUCAUGUUCCCAGCCAUGUCGGCGUUACCGCAGUACUUCAACAAGCGGCGAGGAGCCGCAAUGGGUCUAGCAAUAGCAGGGUCUUCUUUUGGUGGCGUGGUCUUCCCCAUAAUCUUGGGCAAGAUGCUCAACUCGUCCAAUCUGAGCUUUGGGUGGUCGGUCCGUAUCUGCGGAUUCAUUAUGCUACCGAUCUUAGCUGUCAGUGCCACCGCUAUCAAAGCGAGACUCCCGCCUCGAACUACCAACUUUUUCUUGCCGUCAGCAUUCAAGAUGCCGCUGUACAAUAUGCUGAUCGCCGCGAGCUUCUGCCUGUUCAUCGGAAUGUUUACGCCAUUAUUCUUUCUACCGAGCUAUGCCAUCGAGCAAGGCAUGAGUGCUACACUUGCUUCCUAUCUCGUAUCGAUCCUCAACGCGGCCUCCAUCCCCGGGCGGAUUUUGCCGGGGAUACUAGCAGACAAGAUCGGAAGACUGAACAUUCUCCUCGCAGCAGGCGUCAGUACAGCCAUCAUUGUCUUCUGCUGGGCCAAGCUGGGAGGUACAGCCGGGAUCAUCAUCUACGCUCUGGCCUUUGGCUUUUGCUCAGGUGCAAUCAUCUCCGGCAGCACUGUCGCCAUCACGAUGUGUCCCAAGGACCCCAAGGACACUGGCACGUACAUGGGCCAAGGCAUUGCGCUUGCGGCAUUGGCGACACUCGUUGGGCCGCCGGUCACGGGCGCGCUCGUGGACAAGUACGGCGGUUUUCUCGAGGCUGUUAUGUUCUCCGGGGCGUUCUGCAUGUUUGGUGCGUUCUUAAUGAUUAUUUGUAAGCACUUCACGGAAAAGGGGGUACUAGGACGGGUGUGA